GGGAGAAAGGCGAAUUUCUCUUCCCAAAAGCCCAUGAAAAUGCUCUGGAAACUGACCGACAAUAUCAAAUACGAGGAGUGUGAGGAUCGUCACGACGGUACCAGCAAUGGGACAGCUCGGUUACCUCAAUUGGGCACAGUGGGCCAGUCCCCCUACGCCAGUGCCCCUCCACUUUCCCACACCCCCAAUACUGACUUUCAGCCCCCCUAUUUCCCCCCUCCAUACCAACCCAUCUACCCCCAAUCCCAAGACCCCUACUCCCACGUUAACGACCCCUAUAGCCUGAACUCCCUCCAUGCACAGCCCCAGCCUCAGCACCCAGGGUGGCCGGGUCAGAGACAGAGCCAGGAGGCCAGCCUUUUGCACACACAUCGGGGGAUACCCCACCAGCUGUCCGGCCUGGACCCACGAAGGGAUUACAGGCGACACGAAGAUCUACUGCAUGGGCCUCAUGGGCUAGGCUCAGGACUUGGGGACAUCCCUAUCCACUCCAUAUCUCAUGCAAUAGAAGACGUCUCGCAUGUAGAAGAUCCAGGUAUCAACAUCGCAGAUCAAACUGUAAUUAAGAAAGGGCCUGUCUCAUUGUCUAAAUCCAAUAACAAUGCAGUAUCGUCCCUCUCUCUCAACAAAGACAAUCUCUUCGGUGGAGUAGUGAAUCCGAAUGAAGUUUUCUGCUCAGUUCCUGGACGCCUGUCUCUUCUAAGCUCAACUUCAAAGUACAAGGUGACAGUGGCAGAAGUACAGAGAAGGCUAUCCCCACCCGAGUGCCUCAAUGCUUCUUUAUUGGGAGGAGUGCUCAGGAGGGCGAAAUCCAAAAAUGGUGGCAGGUCGUUGAGAGAAAAGUUAGACAAAAUAGGAUUAAACCUUCCAGCUGGAAGACGUAAAGCUGCUAAUGUUACUUUACUCACAUCUCUAGUGGAGGGUGAAGCUGUACAUCUAGCCCGAGAUUUUGGGUAUGUCUGUGAAACAGAAUUUCCUGCCAAAGCUGUAGCUGAGUAUGUCAACCCGGCAACACUCUGAUCCAAACGAGCAAGUGACCAGAAAAAAACAUGCUACUAGCCACAAAGCAGAUUUGUAAAGAAUUCACAGAUUUAUUGUCACAAGACAGAUCCCCCUUGGGUAAUUCUAGGCCAAGUCCAAUACUAGAGCCGGGAAUCCAAAGCUGUCUGACACACUUCAACCUCAUCUCUCAUGGAUUUGGCAGCCCAGCUGUGUGUGCGGCCAUCACAGCCCUGCAGAAUUAUCUCACCGAGGCUCUAAAAGCAAUGGACAAAAUGUACCUCAACAACAACAACCCCAACAGCCACACAGACAGCAGCAAAAGGAGACAAAGAUGAAAAGCAUAGAAAGUGA